CAGAAAUGGCGACGGAGAGAAUCGAGGCACUGAUGGAAAGGACUGAUCCUACCAACGUAAGAUCAUGCAACACCACCGAACUGCAAGAAACUGGAGAGGGAGAAAUGAUGGCUCCUUAUCUCAUGGACUGCAGACGCAAACAGAAGCAUAUUUUCCGUCAGCUGUGUGUAGUGGAUGACAUGGUAAAGCUGCUGGCAGGUCUUGAGUCUGUGGACCAACUACUAAAUGAGCCAUGUCCCCAAAAUCCAGGGAAUGAUGCUCGUGCUGCAUGGAAGGCUUUAAAAGCAGAAUAUCAGGACAGAGUUCAGGAGGUGGAGGAGCUGAUCAGCACCUUUCAGCUCCGCAUGGACGAGCUUCAGGGUAAACGGCAGAAACUUGAGACUCUAGUGUCCACAUUGCAGAAAAAGAAGGAGGAGUGUAAAGAGAAAGAGAGAAUGGCAGCUAAACGAAAUCAGAGAGCUGAGAAACAAAUCAGCUUUCAGCUGGAGGAUUCCUUACAGGCAGCUCGGAAUGCCUUGAACGCGUGUGAUCUGCGUCUGUCUAAUCUCCAGGAUGAAGCUAAUAAGCAGCAGGAGCGUAUCAGUGAAUGGACAUUACUGAAGGAUGGUUUGCAGAUGUUGAUCAGAGGGACGCAGAGAAAUAUGCAGUACAGGCUGUUGUCAGUCAGACCCUCAGAGCUGUGCCUGGAGCUCCUGCCUCGUGCUAAUGAGAAAUCACUUGAUCCACUGCGUGUCUCCAUCACCAUGACAACCAACGACCACUUCCAUCUUCAGGUGUUUCAGGGAACUGCUGGCCUUGUAGAAGAGGCGACAGAAGGUCAACUCAGACAAGUGAGUACUGCUUUGGUGGAGGUGAUGGAGCGGUACAUUAGUCAAGGAGAGAUGCUCUCAGAGAUUCAGGCUCUGCACUCAAGGUUUGCAAUUGAUUGGUGUCCGGCUGAAAGGCUUCUCAUCUUUCUGAAGACUGCAACCACAGUGUGUCACCUGAGGGUUGGGGAGGGUUACCCAUCACAUGGCCAAGCUACUCUUCUCUCUGUGAGAAAAGACGGCAAUCUUCUAGAAAUAGCCAGUCUGCAGCCGCCGGAGAAACAUCCUGUCCUGACUGAGUGGCUUGAGUUUCUCUCUUCCAAUCCCAACAUCUGAUGUCACUUAAUACUCCUACUCAAACCCACAUUCAGGGAGAACAACCAGGAGUGGCAGCCGAUGAGUCACACCUGAGUCAGAGAGGGUUACACAUUAAGCAUCUGAAUUCUACGUUUGUAUUCUUGAUGUAUGUUUGUAGUUUGUCCGUUUUAAUAACGUGCCAUCUCUCAGUAAGGAAAUACAUUCAGGAUAAAUCUGAGCCAAUUCAUAUUUUAAUUGGUGUUUUUAGUCAGUAAUUACACGUACAAAUGUAUUAAUAUUGAACCACCCUUGUAAAUAAAUGUCUAUCGAAUGAUAAAUCCUUUUACAGUUGACUCUUUGUCCCCACUAGAGGGCAGCACCUGUGAGUUUCCUCACAUGUACAUUGUUUCAUCCACUACAGUCUGAUGUAAGAUGUUAGGUAACACAUUUAACUGUGUCUGGAGCCCUGAGCUAAUUAUUAGGCGGCCCAGAGAUUAAUCCUUCUUUUAAGCUACAAAACAGACCUAUUAAAGUAAUUUUCACCUGUAAGAUGUUUAGCUUUUCUCCUCAGACAUGAACAGAUCCUAUUAGGUUGAUUCAUGUUUACCUUCAAACGCCUGUUUUUUUUACAAAAGCUAAAUUUCCCUGUGAUUUGUUUUUUUCUUUCCAUGGCCUGGUUGACAUAUUCUACUUGACUAUUGGAACAUGACUGCAUGUAUCAGCACUCUAGCACAGCACCACAAGAGAUGCAUUGUUAUUGGCCAAAAAGGAUACAAGGGUUGUUCUGGAUCUGACCAAUGGGUAGACGUGAAACUGAUUAUGAGGGCACAAUGACCCAGUUCUAGCAUUCUGACCCAGUAUUCUGCAUCACCGUGUGUUAAUACAGCAUUGGAAAAAUAUUAAGAGACCAUUUCAAAUUUUCAUUUAAUCAUCAUUUCUAGAUUUAUUGUGGUCACUCCAGUCCAGUAACUGUUGAAUUUUAGCUAAAUCUAACCUCAGCAAAGUGAAAGACUGACAGCAUGACAAGACACUAGAAAACUGUGAUUAAAAUCCA